AGGGAGUUGAGAGAGUGUUUAUAAAAUCUACUUUCUGGAAAGACCUUAACACAGCAAGAUCCAGUCCAUGCAUUUGCAGCAGACAGAGUCACCUUGUAAAGCUGAAGUAAAAUGCUGUUAGUAAGUGAGGUCCUUGUCACCCUCAUUGUAGCUCUUGUGUCUGUGCAGUUUCUGAAGGUGCUGUGGGCUCGCAGGCGACUUCCUCCAGGACCAGUCCCGUUCCCAGUCUUAGGAAACCUUUUUCAGAUGAACUUCAGAAUUCAUCAUGAGACCCUCAAAAAGAUGGCAAAAACUCAUGGCCACAUCUUCACUUUGUGGUUGGCGAAUGUCCCUGUGGUCGUGCUGCAAGGAUUCCAAGCAGUGAAGGAUGGUCUGACCACCCACGCGGAGGAUGUUUCUGCACGGCCUAAGACUGCUGCCUUUGAUGUGUUGACGAAUGGAAACGGUAUUAUGUUCUCUAAUGGUCACGUCUGGAAGCAGCAGAGACGCUUUUGCUUCAUGAUCCUGCGAAAACUAGGAACGGGGAAGGAGCACCGAAUACAGGAGGAGGCCAGCCACUUGGUGGAGCACUUGGACAAUAUGAAAGGAAGAUCUCUGGACCCUUCUCUGGUCCUUGGCUAUACUGUCGCAAACGUGAUCUGUGCUGUGGCUUUUGGACAUCGCUUCUCCCUAGAGGAUAAACACUUCCACAAGCUAAUUGAAAUUAUUGCUGACAUUAUUGCAUAUGGGAACAGUUCCUUUUAUUUCCUGCAUGAGUAUGUUCCCUGGCUUAUGGACUACAUCCCUGGACCCCACAAGAAGACAGUCCAAGGCAUUGCAGUUGUGCGUUCUAUAAUAAGAGAGGAGAUCAGAAGCUGUGAGAAGUGUGACAGAACAGAUGAACCUGAGAAUUUCAUUGACUUCUACCUGGCUCAGACGGCCAAAGCUAAAGAAGACCCCAAGUCAACAUAUGAGGAAGACAACUUGGUUCAGUCUAUUUUUGAUCUCUUUGUGGCAGGUAUAGAAACUACAACCACCACCCUGCGUUGGGCACUGCUAUAUAUGCUGGUUUACCCUGAUAUCCAAGAAAAAGUCCAGCAGGAACUGGAUGCUGUGCUGGGUCCCUCCCACACAAUAUGCUAUGAAGAUCGCAAGAAACUGCCCUACACAAAUGCUGUAAUUCAUGAGAUCCUGCGUUACAGUAGAGUUGUCUUAAUUGCACUUCCCAGGGCAAGUGUGAGGGACACGGACCUGCUGGGGUUUUCAGUCCCAAAGAACACGAUCAUUUUAUCAAAUAUCGACUCUGUUCUUACGGACCCUGGGCAAUGGGAGACGCCUGAAGAGUUCAACCCAAACCACUUCCUGGACAAGGAUGGAAACUUUGUGAGCAGAGAAGCCUUCUUGCCGUUCUCCACAGACAGGUUGUCAGAUUACCACUCCAAGCCCCAGCAUUAAGGACCAGUGGAUUGGCUUGCUCUGAGCUCAACCAAACCAGACAGCUCCCAAACAGAGAGAGAUUCCAAUUAUAAAGAACAAUUUGGAACAACCGGAAUGCACAUUAUUCUGGGUGCAUUGGUCUCAUAAACUUGGGAACAGUUGAUAGGCUAUGACAAACACAAAGAUCCUCCACGAUGCUUCUUUUUUGAAACUGAGAAGCUCUCUAGAGGAUCCUUUUGAAGUAUGGAGGUCCACCAAAAUUCAUCACCUUUCCCUGCCUGCUUCAUGAUGGUAUGCAAGUGGUGGUUCUCAAUAAUGGAUCUAUCACUGAUCCCUUUGGGGUUAAGAUGGGAGUUAAGCAAGGCUGAGUUAUUGCUCCAAUGCUCUUCUCAAUAUUUCUUACUGUGAUGCUACAUCUGACUGCCAACAAGCUUCCAGUCAGCAUAGAGCUAAACUACCGAACGGAUGGGAAGUUGUUAAACUCAGCCUACUCUGAGCCAAAACCAAGAGCACCCAGACCUCAAUCUUCGAGCUCCGGUACUCUGAUGAUGCUGUAGUGUGUGUUCACUUGGAAGCAGACCUUCAGCCAAUUUUCAAUGUCUUUACUGAUGUAUGCAAGAAAAUGGGACUGACACUUAAUAUUCAGAAGACUAAGGUCCUCCAUCAACAAGCUCUUAAUGAACAGUCCCCAGCUCCAGGAAUUCAGAUUUAUGGUGAGGCUUUGGAGAAUGUUGAGUAUUUCCCAUACUUUGGAAGCCAUCUCUUGCAAGCGGCUGACAGCAACAAAGAAACACAAUAUCACCUCAAAUGUCCAAGUGCAACCUUUGGACACCUGAGGAAAUGGUGUUUGAAGAUCAUGACAUCAGCUCCAAAACCAAGCUCAUGGUUUAUCAAGCAGUCGUGAUCCCCACCUUACUGUAUGAAGCUGAAAUACAGCUUCCAAUACAACAUACAGGAGAAACCUGAAAUCACUGGAGAAGUACCAUCAAUGCUACCUGUGGAAAACCCUUUAAAUCCAUUGGGUAGACAGAUGCACCAACAUAAAUGUCCUCUCACAAGCAAACACCAUGAGAAUCAAGGUGAUGAUUGUCCAACAUCAACUUUGCUGGGCCAGCCAUGUCAUCUGGAUGUCCGACUCCAGACUCCCAAAGCAUGUCUUAUUAUCCCAGCUCAGUCAAAACAUACGCUCAAGAAGAAGGCAGAAAAAGCCCUUCAAGGAGGUCCUCAAGGCCAAUGUGAAAAAAUGCAAUAUCAGCUUCAAUUCAUGGGAGACUAUUGCCCCGGAUCAUCCCAAAUGGGGGAAGAGUCUGCUGCAAGGAUUUCAGUACUUUGAAACCUUAUGACAACAACAGGAGACGGAAAAACAGGAGCAAUGCAUGUCACGGAUUGAACCAAGAACUCAGAGCCACCCAUUCCACAUGGAAAUAUGUACCCAAACUGCAAGAGUAUGUCAAUCCCAGAUAGGCCUCGUCAACCAUCUGCCGACCCAUAGAUCAGACAAUCAUGAAAGAAAACCAUCCUUAACUGCAAAGGAUUGCUGCUGCUGAUGAUGAUGAUGAUAAACAUAAUGGCCCAAAACGCUUCCUUUUGAGUCAAUUCAACACUAAACUUCAUUUUCCCAUAAUGGUGCUUUGCCUCACAGAAGCUGGAGUUUAGGAUACUGGCACUCCACAUCUGUUAUGAUUAACAGUCAUGCCAUCCAUGAUGUACAGUGCAGCUUGGUAAGAGGCAUGUCUGUAUUGCACUGUGGGAAACUUAUUCUUCCAUGAAGCCCAGUGGGCCUUGAAUUACAAUUCAAGGGAAAGGCAGUCAAGUGUUUUGCUGAACUAGUGCAAAUGUUUCAGGUCAGUGAAAAACAACCAAAAUAUUCUUCAAUUAAUCAAUUGAUUUAGUGAUUCAGUAAGCUAAUAAUAUUGUGCUGCUCAUGAAUGAUUAAAUAAAAGGCUGAACGAAUCUGUGAUUAAGCAGGUAUAAGAUAAAGUUGUGUUUAUUUGUUCUCUACAGUAUAUUUGGUGCCAGAUCAAAUUCUACCCAAGAGGCCUCUAAGUGGACUUGGGCAUCCAAGUGUGAUCCUAUUCCACCUUGCUCAAAUCUCUGAAAAAAGCAUUCACGCACAACCUUUUGUGACAUACCAUUAUCUUGGCCGGAUGAUAGUCCAUCCACCUUUUGCACCCACUGCUUUUCAGGGACUUGAAAUAAGAUCACAUUUAGAUACUGAAUAGGUGAAUGAGGGCCUUUAGUAGGUGUCCUAAUUUCAUUUGGCUAUAGAGGAGUGAUUUUCCUGUCAUGAUUUCAAAACUGGAAAAGUGUUCUGCCACCCAAAGCCAAACUAUAUUUGCAUGGUAGCACCUAAAACUGGUUUCCAUAAAUUUAGUUUUGUAUGUCAGAUGGUACCAAUAAGUAUUAAAAAAAGAACUCUGGAAAUUAAGCUUAUGCAGGGGGUCGGACUCGAUGAUCUAUUGAGGUCCCUUCCGACCCUAACAUCUAUGAAUCUAUAAGAAUUAAAAGUUUAUUGAGUAAUAAGUUCCCAGGUGUAAAUAAAAUCCCCCCAUAAAUUGUUUAAAAUAUUACUGAUGUAUUUGAUUCAGCUCAAUAAAAUCACCUCUGAUUCCUGUGACCUCAGUAAACACUAAGUAGAAAGUAACCAGGAUUUUGAAUAUACAUUGUACUGCUUUAUUUUUUAGCUAAGAGAUUUAAAUUUCUAUUAAUGAAAAGCAAUUCAGAUGUCAUGAUGAUGCUUAGGAUAAUGAUUCUGGAUGGCAACUUGGGCAGCAGUGACAAUGCAAUGACUGAAUUCAGGAACUUGAGGAAAGGAAGGAUAGAGAGUGGCAGAGUAAGGACCCUGGGCUUGAGAAAAGCAGACUUCAACUGUCAUGGGGCUCAUGGGCAGGAUCCCCUGGGAAGCCAGACUGAGGGGGAGAGGAGUCCAGGAGAGCUGACUGUACUUUAAAGAAACCUUACUGAUGGCACAGGAACAAACCAUACUAAUGCACAGGAAGAAUAGCAAGUACGGCAGGCCAGCUUGGCUUAGCAAGGAACUCUUCAGUGAGCUAAAACACAGAAAGGAAGCUUAUAAGAAGUGGAAAUUUGGACAAAUAACUAGGGAGGAGUAUGAGAGUACUGCUCGGACAUGCAGGGUUGAAGUCAGGAAGGCCAAAGUGCAAUCGGAGUAGCAGCCAGAGGCGACAUGUAGUGGGUGCACGUGCACCCACUCAGUGUGGCGGUGCACCCCUUACAAAAAGGCACCGUUGACACUGUCAGGGGUGCCUGUGGGCAGUCACUGCUUGCCAACCCGCUGCCAACACUGCCGGUGGCGUCUACAGGUGGUUCACAAUUGCCACUGACCACCACCAAUGCUGCUGGCGGCGCCAGUGGGUGAUCGCCAGCCCCUGGGUGGUGCUCGCCAUCCCCCCCCUCCCCAGCUGCUGACAGCACUGGCAGCAUCUGUAAGAGCUCCGUGCUUACCACUGCCAUGCUUCUGCUACCACCACUGCACUCCUGCCACUGCCAGCGCAGCCGUGCCCCCCAGCCACUGAGGGCACACGUCAUUCAUGCUAGCAGCUAGCAAGGGGUGUGAAGGAUACCAAGAAGGGUUUCUAUAAGCAUGUCAGCAAAAAGAGGCAGACCAGGGAAAUAUCUUACUGAAUGGGGGAGACAACCAAAUCAUAGAAGAUGAAGAAAAGGCUGAAGUACUCAAUGCCUGUUUCACCUCAGUCUUCAAAGGCAAGGUCAGCUUGCAGACUACUGCACCAGGCAGCACAGUUUGUGGAGAAGGUGAGCAGCCAGCAAUGGCAAAAGAACAGGUUAGGGACUAUAUAGAAAAGCUGGAUGUGUACAAGUCCAUGGGGCUGGACGUGAUACACUUUGAGGGUACUGAGGCAGCUGGGUGAUGUUAUUACAGAGCCGCUGGACAUCAUCUUUGAAAACUUGUGGCAACUGGGAGAAGUCCUGGAUGAUUGGAAAAGUGCAAAUAUAGUGCCCAUCUUUAUGUGAGGGAAGAAGGAGGAUCUAGGAAACUACAGACUGGUCAGCCUCACCACAAUCACUGGAAAUAUCAUGGAGCAGGUCCUCAAGAAAUUCAUUUCUAAGCAUUUGGAGCAGAACAAGUGAUUAGGAAGAGUCAGCUGUAUUCACCAAGGGAGAGGGCAAGUCAUGCCUGCCCAACCUGAUUGCCUUCUAUGAUAAGAUGACUGGCUCUGGGGGUGCAGGAAGAGCAGUGGACAUGAUAUACUUGGACUUUAGCAAAGCUUUUGAUAGUUGUGUGACAGGCUAGCUGGUAGUGAUUUAGCCCAGGGGUUUUGAAAGGGUAAAAGAUGAUUGGAGGGCUUGGGAUUCCCUUUCCUCACCAAUCAGGCCCUAGAGACUCACCCUCCAUGUCCCCUGAUUGGCCCCUUGGGUCACCUGGAGGGGGAUAAAAGGGGCAGCGCGGCUGACUCGGAGGAGACCAGCGAGGGACCACAAGGAGGAGUUUCAAAGAGCUGGCAAGAGCUGAGCCAGCGGGCCGGGAGCAGUUGCCCCAGAAGAGCCUGAAGGAGUGGGACCUGCAGGCAGCAGUUGGACCCUCAGCAGCACGGCGUGGGGCCAGCAAGGGAGACUCCCCGCUGGGCUCUAGGAUCUCCUAUGAGAGGCUGUGGCCAGCAGGAGAGGCUCCCCAACUCCAGCAAGGAUCUGAGCAGCGGCCUGAGAGGUUCCCAGCUCUGUUUCCAGCUCCUCCAAUAAGAGGCCAGGCAGCUCAACAUGAGGCCAGGGCUCCUGGAAGGUCAAGACCCCUAGCAGCAUAGUACAGCCCUAGCACUGGUGGCUGUGUGAUAGCGUUUCUGCCUAAUGCAUGGGAGAUCUAAGUUCAAGUCCCACCUGUGAUGACUUAGGGUAAGUGAAGUGACAGGGAGAAGUUCUUGUUGCAGUGGAAAGGGGUCAUUGUGUUCUCUACCAAGUACCUAGGCCCUAUAUUCCUUGCUAUUUGAUGUUUUGUAUUUUGUGCCUUUUAUAUUUUGCCAACCAGUAUUGUUUGCUCUGCUGUUUGUGUUUUAUAGUUUGUUAACCCUGUCUUUUGUCAACUGGAUGAAUAUGUCUAUUAUUGUAAAUGGCUAACCUUUGUUGAAUCCUGUCCCCCCCCAGGGUGUUGUAGUGUCCCCUAUACCCUCUGGUUUAUACUGGUUAUGUUCCCAGUACUGUUCUCUCAUUAAAAGGUAUAUGGUUAAGUCCCCAUUAGUGAUCUGGCUCUCCUCUAUAGGGGGAGAGGGUCCCUACACCUCCCACAGUGCUCGUGCACCUGCUCUGAUCCCUUCAACUGGAGAGGGGUACAUCUUGGAGUACUGCCUGGGUUACAGUUGCUCACAACAUUCUUGCAAGCAAGCUGAAGAAGUAUGGGUUGAAUGAAUGGACUGUAAGGUGGAUAGAAAAAUGGCUGCAUUAUCAGGCUCAAAGGGUAGUAAUCAAUGGCUCAAUGUCUAAUUUGCAGCUGGUAUCAAGUGGAGUGUCCCAAGGGUCGAUCCGGGGACUAGUUUUGUUCAAUAUCUUCAUUAAUAACUUGGAAGAUGGCAU